UCCGGUCCGGGUCCGGGUCCGGGUCACCUCCGCCCGCUUCGGGGUCCUCUCCGCCGCGCGCGUCCCCGCCCCGCGUCCCCUGUCCCCUCUCCUCUGCCCCGUGCCCUCCGGCGGAGCCGCCGCGCUCGCUGCAGCGGGGAGCGGGGCAAGGCCGAUGGCCGCCGCCGGGAUGGGCAGAGGCAGCACCGCGCGGCUGCGGGGCCUCCACGCGUGACAGCGGGGCGGGCAUGGGCCUUCCACGCGUGGCGCCGGGGCGGCCCGGGACAGCGGGACAGCGGCGGGGCCGUGCGCUGUGACAUCGGCAUGGCGGCGGCUGGAGCGCUGCGGUAGCGUCCGCACCGCCGUGGGACCUGCACCCGCACGGUGUGACACCGGGCGCUGGCCAUGGAGCCGGGCACCAUCGACAACCUGUCCAUCCUGUACCAGAGCUCCGACUUCAUCGUGGUCAACAAGCACUGGGACCUGCGCAUCGACAGCAAGAUGUGGUACGAGACGCUGACCCUGCAGAGCCAGCUCAAGCACCGCUUCCCCGAGCUGGCCGACCCCGACACCUACUACGGCUUCAGGUUCUGCCACCAGCUGGAUUUCUCCACCAGCGGGGCUCUGUGUGUGGCACUCAAUAAAGCGGCGGCGGGAAGUGCCUACAAGUGCUUCAAGGAGCGCCUGGUGACCAAAGCCUACCUGGCCCUGGUGAGGGGACACGUGAGCCAGAGCCGGAUGUCGAUCCGCUACGCCAUCGGGAAGAACACCACGGAGGGCAUGACCCACAUGAUGUGCAUCGAGGGCACAGAGGGCUGUGAGAAUCCCAAGCCGUGCCAGUCGGAGCUGAUCGUGCUGGAACAUGGAUCCUACAGCGGAGACCCCGUCACCAAAGUGCUGCUGCAGCCGCUGACAGGGAGGACUCACCAGCUCCGGGUUCACUGCAGCGCCAUCGGCCACCCCAUCGUGGGGGACUUCACCUACAGCCACCGGCAGGACAGCAAUCCCUACAGGAUGAUGCUCCACGCCUACUACCUGCGCAUCCCCACGGGCAAGGAGCUGAUCGAGGUGUGCGCGCCCGACCCCUUCGUCACCGCCAUGGACAGCAACUGGGUGCCCCAGAACGUCACCCAGCGUCUGGAGGACGUCAUCCAGGAGCUCAAGGACAAGGGGACACACAAGGAGGAGGAGGAGGAGGAGAGCCAGGAAGCUGCCAGAGAGGAGGGAGCAGGGGGGGAAGGCAGCAGGGAGGAGACAGAGGAGCAGCGGGUGCAGUGUGAGCAGUGGCUGGCUGAGUGGGCUCUGGAGUGAGCACAAAGCACCUCCCUGCAUCUCCAGCUGAGUGGGCUCUGGAGUGAGCACAAAGCACCUCCCUGCAUCUCCAGCUCCAGCCUUGUCCCAGCGGGUCUCCACAGAGCCCGGCGCUGCCUCCACACCUGCACUCCCUCUGUGGCUUCCCUCGCUCCUGGGGCUGGCACCAGGUGGGUUUUAGGAGGGGUUGAGGUGGGGUUAUUUUGUGAUGUCCAUCAUUCAUCUGCUCAUGGGAUGUCCCUUUCCCAGUUCUGAGCCUCAGCAGCAGAGUGUGUCACACUCCAGCUUAGAGUGACCCCAAAGCUUUCCAUCUCUGUCCUGGGGCCCGGGCACAGCUGGGCACUGCCUUUGCCUUGGACAUUACCACAACCUUUCCAUGCUUGGAUGCAGAAUUGCAGCCCAGCACAGGGAGGGGAGAAGGUGCUGGGUGCAGCUCCAGUGUCCCUGUCCCCCAUUCCCUCACUCCAGCUGCUGGGCCAUAACUGGGGCUGGAGCACAUUCUGGGGACACUGAGAGUCCCCCAGUCCCAGGUGUCCUGUGAAACUGGACUGGGAUGGGCAUGGAAAGGUCCCUGCCCCUCGCCCCCUCCCUCAGCCCACCUGGGCGGUUUUUAAAGGUUUGGUGAAGGUGAAGGAGUUGAUACCAAUGGAUUUUAAACUUUUUUCAAUUUUCUAGGAAGAGAAUCUAGUCUUUUAGGGUUUGUAAAAUACGGGUGGUCUUGGGAAUGAGGUAUUUUUAGUACUUCUGUGGUCGGAGAGCCGGCAGCCCAAAGCUUUUUUAAUGGAUUUUAUUAUUCCUUCUAGCACUGCCUUUCCUGCUUUUAUCCCUGCUGAGAUAGGUCAGAGGACACAAGUCCCUUUCUGUUCACGCACCUGAGGAGGGACCAGUGUCCUGUGUAGGUCCCAUGGGGUGGCUCCUGCCUGGCAGGUUUCCAGAGGGUCCUGCAGGCAGGUCCUUCAGCUGGGCAGUUUGGGAAAGCUCUGCAACAGUAGGAAAAGGACAAAGGUGAAAUUAAAAAGCUGAGAACUGAUGGGAAGAGCAGGCAGGAGCUCAGCUUUGAUAGAUGCCAAGAAAUUUCCUCGUAAGUGCCCUUGCUUUGCUGGUCAUCCUGCUUCGCUUUCCCCUUCCCUGCUCAUCCUCUGCAGCCCUCGGGGGACAUUUGGAAAUGAGGAGAACAGGACAGCUGGGGAGGGACAGCUGGGGCGACACAGCCCCAUCCCAGGCCUUUCAAGCACCACUCAGCACUUACCCAGAGUUGUUGUCACCUCACCAGACCCAUCCCGUUGAAAACACACCUGAUGGGGUUCAUACAGCUGAUAUUCCCACCCCGAUGGGGAAUAAAAAGUCACAGCCCUCUCCUUGUGGAUAAACACACCCUGCAAGUCACCGAAAUCCCCGGGGGGGUGUGGGGGGAGAACUGGAUCGCUUGUCCCGUGUGUCCCUUCAUGUUGUGGCUUAGUGCCACCACUGCAGGGCGGGGAUGGCCUGAGGUGCCAGCCCUGGGCACUGAGCGGGCACGGUGGGCUCAGGGCCGGUGCCAGGGGCUCGGAGGGCAGGAGGAGCAGGAGCCCCUUGUCCUUCUGCCAGGCCCCGUGGCCGGGAAGGGCCGGGCAGGUCCCGCAGCCGGGAAGGAACACGAGGAACGUGUUUGCCAAAGAUUCGAGGGGUGACGCGCACGGGAGGCGCUGGAGAGUGACAGCGGGGAUUCACAUGUCACAGGGGGGAGCCCGCCUUGCCGGCGCUGGGAGCGGUUCCUGCCGGGAGCACGGCCGGGAUGAGGGGUGGGAACACGGGGACAUGGCUGGCGCCCGAGCCCGCCGUGUUUGUGUGGAGGAGCCCUCGCACCCCAGCCCAGCCUUUGCCUGCUGCUGCUCCCCAGCGCCACAGAUAAAAGGGAAUUUUCCUUGCCCUGCAGAGGGAAUUUUCCUUACCUUGCAGAGUUUUCCAGGCGCCCUUCCCGGCUGCGUUCCAGGGCAAUGUCCCCGUCCUGUCCCCUCCUGCCCGCGGGGCUGCGGCUCCGCCGGUGCCCUGGGGUUGUGGCGUGGCUGUGGUGUCCCGUGCACUCCGCAGUUCCAGUUCUGGUGUAUUUGCUGCAUUAAACGUGUCUCUGCCCUUCA